ACAGCUGUUUCCGCAUGUCAGGCGUGGCUGCUGCCUAAGGAAAAAGUUUCUCCUCUGGGCAGGCUGCCUGUCCAGCCUGAAGACUCUUGGCAGCUCCUCGCAGGCAGCCCUGGGCAGCGAGAGCAGCUCUUCUGACCCACGUUUGCUGUGCAAGCAGCUGAGGCCCCCUGUGCUCCCUCCUGGCUCGGUGUCACUGGGCUCUUUCCACUUUGGGGUCCCUCAAGGGCUGAAGGGUGCUGAGAGGCUCUUCCCUGGACGCAGGGGACAAGACUGUGACAGUCUGUGGGCAGAGGUCCCUUCCCCUCCUCCAGCCCAGCUGUAGGCUGAAGGCAUAGAGAAAGCAAGGCACAGCCCUCUGGACUUUCCUGGAAGGGCAGCUUGGCAUCUCUCACCUCUCCCUCUGCUGUCUCCAAGGAUUUUUCUGAGGGAUUAAGGCUGUGCUGACCCCGCAGCAGCAGGGGAGGGGCUCAGUCAUGGCUUCCAAGCGUCAAGCUUCUUCCUCCAAGCAGCCAAACAGCAGGGAAAAGAAACUGAAAGUGGGAGAGGAGGAAGACACCUGGAGCUCCACUUUGGCAACGCUGAAAACUGCUGCCAAGGAGAAGCCCCCUGCCACAAUUGAUGGGCACUGCCCCUUGAGUACAGCACCGGGUGCCCGGGUCUAUGAGGACUAUGACUGCACCCUGAACCAGACCAAUAUCAGUGCCAACAACAACAAGUUCUACAUCAUCCAGCUCCUUGAGCAUGAUGGUGCCUACAGUGUCUGGAGCCGCUGGGGCCGUGUGGGAGAGGUGGGCCAGUCCAAGCUCAUGCCCUGUGCCUCCCUGGAAGCUGCCAAGAAGGACUUUGAGAAGAAGUUUCGAGAGAAGACCAAGAACAGCUGGGCAGCAAGGGAGAACUUCAUUGCCCAGCCAGGGAAGUACACACUCAUUGAGGUGCAGCCAGGGGCUGGGCAGGAGGUGGAGGUUGCCCUCAGGGUGGAUGCCGUGGAUGGGGGCAAGGUCUGCAAGCAGCGGGUGCUGCCCUGCACCUUGGACCAAGCCACACAGGACCUGGUGUCCCUCAUUUUCAGCAGUGACAUGUUCCGGGAUGCCAUGCAGACCAUGAAUAUCGAUGUGAAGAAGAUGCCUCUGGGGAAGCUGAGCAAGCAGCAGAUUGCGAGGGGCUUUGAGGCCCUGGAAGAGCUGGAGGCAGCACUGAAGGAGCAGCCACCCCAGGCCACUCGCCUGGAGGAACUCUCCUCACGCUUCUACACCAUCGUCCCACACAACUUUGGACGGGCACGACCACCCACCAUCAACUCUCCUGACUUGCUGCGUGCCAAAAAGGACAUGCUGUUGGUGCUGGCUGACAUUGAGUUGGCACAGAGCCUGCAGGCACAGAAAAUGAAGGAGGAGGAGGAAGAAGAGAAACAAGUCCCCCAUCCGCUGGAUCAGGAUUACGCUCUGCUUUGCUGCCAGCUCUCCCUGCUGGACCCGGCUUCCCGGGAAUACCAGCUGAUCAAUACCUACGUGACAGAGACUGGGUACAAUCUCCGCAUCCUCAACAUCUGGCAGGUGGCCCGGGAUGGUGAGGAAGAGCGUUUCAAGGCCCAUGACCUGCUGGAGCACCGGCGCCUGCUUUGGCACGGCACCAACGUGGCGGUGGUGGCGGCCAUCCUCAAGAGCGGGCUGCGCAUCAUGCCGCACUCGGGCGGGCGCGUGGGCAAGGGCAUCUACUUCGCCUCUGAGAACAGCAAAUCAGCUGGCUAUGUGGGCUGUACAUCUAAGAGGGUUGGCAUCAUGUUCCUGACGGAGGUGGCCCUGGGCAAGCCCUACCGCAUCACCCGCGAUGACCCCACGCUGUGUCAGCCGCCUGCUGGCUAUGACAGUGUCGUGGCCUGUGGCCGGACAGAGCCAGAUCCUGCACAGGAUGAGGAGGUGCUGCUGGAUGGCAAGAAAGUGCUGGUGUGCCAGGGCAAGCCCAUCCCCAUGGCUGCCUACAAGGACUCGUCCUUCAGCCAGAGCGAGUACCUCAUCUACCAGGAGAGCCAGUGCCGGAUCCGCUACCUUGUCCAGCUCUGCUUCUGAGGGUGCCUGGCAGCACACGGCCCUGGCGCAGCACCAGGUGGUGACACCCGUCAGCCCAGAGCACAGUGCUCUGGACUCUGCAGCCACCCCACCUGGGGCUUAGCAAGGGACAGGCUGGCACAGGGACUGAGCUUCCUUUGACUGUUAAUAAAAG